CAACCAACCGCGACUUCAACAUCGACAUUUCUGGCAUGUUGUUGAGUGAGUGAAGACGACCAACCUCUUCUUCUAUCUACUCUCUGGAAACGAUGAGUGCCGCGUUUCUGGAUAAGUUUAUUCCAGCAGGAUGCCUUGUCCUUCAAGAAAGACUGCGUCCGGUGUGUCCGAAGGAACUCCAGGUCCAGGAUGAAUGGCUUCACUUCCGCUCAACUCCAACCGACGAUAAGCCUGAGGAUCAUAGCUAUCUCGAAUCGCUGUCACGAGACACAUUGAUCACUUCAAUAAGAGGACUGUCGAAAGUGACAAUAGACUGCCGGCGUCUGCUUCGCUAUGGCUGGAUUCACCUGACCUACAACCACGGCUGUGGUGUUGUUCGAGUUUACGUGCUACCUGACGACGUGGACAACGUGACCAUUCCAAGGGCUAGCUCCAUCUUGAAGAAAGAUCGACAAAGUUUGCUAAGUCAGUUGGACUAUUCGACGGCAGCCUGGCAUGGACGGCCUACUUGUUUCUUUGUUCCAACCACCACCCAUCCUCCCAUGUUUGAGACCGCAGCGUCAAAUGCAGAACUGUACCCACCGAACCAGGAACAGUCCCUUCUCGGGAUCUUCAGUAGGAUUCCACCCCCAGAUCCAAGGCCUGAACAAGUCGAAGAUGCCGAUGUGUACGACGCUAUGUGCUCCCUCCUCGACAGCGAUGUUCCCGGCCUGAGGACUACCCUCUAUCCAUAUCAACGACGAUCUGCUGCCCUAAUGCUUCAGCGGGAGACACGAUCACAACCAGUAUUGGACCCACGACUGGUCAAAGUUGUCGAUCAGUUUGGAAAGUCUUGGUACUACGAUGGAGUGACUGGCUCCGCCUAUCGUGGGCCACGGUACUAUGACCGCCCACUUGGAGGAAUCCUUGCUGAAGAGAUGGGUUCUGGGAAAACACUGAUAUGUCUGUCUCUCAUUCUUGCUACCAAACAUAUCCCGACCCGAACGCCAGAAAUCUUUCACUCAGAGGCGUCGCCGGUUCGACCAACAGUGGGCAGCAUGAUGGAUAUGGCUGCAGCUUGCAUCACAAAACAUUCUAUUCCCUGGAAACACCUCCUUGGGAGUGACUCAUCAAGCGGGCUUCAGUUUGCAACCUGUUCUGCUGCUGUUAGACGGAACCCAGGAUUCUACCAACUCCCUCCCCAGGGUGGACCUCGGUCAGCACGCCAAAGGUAUUCGACCGAUACCUCCAUGCGGAAAAUCUUCCACAGCAGUGUGUCGCUUGUUCUUGUUCCUCUCAAUCUAUUACAACAAUGGAGGCAAGAAAUAGCCAAACACACCGUGGGACUUCGGGUCAUUGUGUGGUCUUCUAGCGAGAACCAGCCUUUGCCCUCUCUUGAAGAGAUACUGGACAGCGACAUUUUGCUGCUGUCCACCACGCAGUUUGAGAACUUGCGGAAGACGGAAAAAGCGGCUUCUGCGCUCAGUAUUUUAAAACAGUUGCAUUUCAAGCGCUGUAUAGUUGAUGAAGGUCACACCUUGGGUGGCGCGACAAACUUCAACAAGCGAAACAUGCAGCUCAUCAUCGACGAGCUGCAAAUUACAGCAAAAUGGAUUGCUACGGGCACGCCUUCGAAGGGACUGUAUGGUCUUGAUGCUUCUUCUGACACAGCCAACGGGAGCCGGGAUCAAUCUCUCGAGAAGAUCGACCUGGAGCGGAUUGGUUCAUUGGCGACGUUUUACUUGAAGAUGCGACCUUGGGCGAACCAGUCGUCCGAGACCGGCGAUACACCUGCUCAAUGGGCUCAUUAUGUUACUGCGCGCUGGCCGGGCUUGAUUGCCACAGUGAACAACUGCCUCAAGACUACGCUUGAUUCGUUGAUAAUCCGGCAUCCGUUAUAUGAGCUCGGGAACGUCCUUCCGGUGGUUGACAAGAAGGUUGUAUUUUUGGAGGGCUCUUAUCAGGACAGGCUGACACUCAACCUGUUCUCCAUGAUGAUCAUCUUCAACGCCGUGCAGUCAGAGAGAACUGAUCAGGAUUACUUCUUUCACCCCCGACAGCGAAAGGCUCUAUUGGAGCUUGUUGGCAACUUGAGACAGGCAAGUUUCUUUGGCGGCUCAUUCUUCUCGCCGGCGCAAAUCAGCAAGUCGAUAGAGACCGCAGAGGAGUUUUUGAAGGAAGGCAAAGUACAGGUCAGUGCCGAGGAUCGUGCUUUGCUUGGUGAGGCUAUCAGCUUUGGUAGAUUGGCACUCGGAAACACCAUCAAGGAAUGCGCAAAUCGGUUUCGGGACCUCCCCAUUUAUGUCCAGGACUUUCCGUUUGCUGCAGGUCGGGAGUGGUCCCUCGAUGACGAGGAGGGUGAUCCAGUCUGUACGGCUUCUGGAAUGAUACUAGAGCUACAAAGGUUUCUUCAGCCAUUGUUGGAUGCACCGACAGCUCUCCAGAUGAUGUUUGCGAAUGGACGUCUGGCACUGCGUGGCCAGGAAGCAAGGACAAAGUUGAUCGAAGCUCAGAUCCCAGCCGCUUCGACACCGAACAAAGUCCUUGCCGGCAAUACGGAACUGGGCCAAGAUAGCAGUAGCCCCGUCAAACGGCGCGCUACAAUAUUGGGGAGAAACGUCCAGAUGCAGCAAGCGCCUUCACUUCCAACAGCAGAGGUCAAGGGGACAGAAAUUGCUGCACCGCUUGCGAAGACUCGGCUCAUCUCAACCGCCUCCGCAAAACUGUCAUACCUCAUCGACCAGGUGAUCAAGUACCAAGAGCAUGAACAAAUCAUCAUUUUCUACGAGAAUGACAAUGUGGCUUACUAUCUCGCAGGCGUUCUGGAAAUUCUUCAAGUCCAACACCUCAUUUACGCGAGAGGUUUGAGUCCACAACGACGCGCAGACUAUGUUGCAACAUUUAACCAAAGCUCCAAGUUCAGAGUCUUACUCAUGGACAUCACCCAAGCAGCUUUCGGUCUGGACAUGAAGUCCGCUUCCAGAAUCUACUUCAUCAAUCCGGUUCUUAACCCGCAAGUCGAGGCCCAAGCCAUUGGUCGAGCACGACGUAUCAGCCAGCAGAAACCCGUCACAGUUGAAACGUUGGUUCUCAAAGACAGUGUGGAGGAAGUUAUUGUUCGACGCCGCAAAGAGAUGACACAAGCAGAGCAAAGAAAGUGCAAGUCUAUUCUAGACGACAAGCCCAUUUAUGAAUGGAUCCUGAAUGCCAAGAUCUCUCCGUUGCCGGGAGGUGAUGGCCAGCCGAUUGGAGGACCGGAUCAAAUGGCGAGGCUGCAAGAGCCGCAAUUCUUGUUCGGGAGAGGUUCCGGGAGGGAACUGAACCACCCUGAUGAAGACAUUGUCAAGGCAGAUGAUGCUGUGGUGCCAAAGAAGAUGGAUGCCCCGAUCUAUAACGGGGUCAAUGGGGGUCUGAAGAGAAAGAUGAUGCCGGUCCAACCGGCGACGGUUUUUGAGACUUCCAAUGGCGUUGAGCUGCCGAAGAAGAAAGUUCGGGUGGCAUUUGUCGGGCUGGACGGUGGUGAAAAGACUUGAUCUCUCAGCUGCCUGCUUAUGUUUUCGCGUUGCUGCCAUCUCUGUGAACCGCAGGACUCACUUCGUCUAGACGAACCUGGGUCUGUCAAAGAGCCGAAGAAGGCUUUCCAGGUUCUUUCCAAUAAAGCUCAGGCCUAGUAGCUAAGCUAAAAAGCCACACAUGGGCCAGUACAGCGGCUGGCCGUCCAAUCAACACAUAACCAGCAGCGCCUCGGAGGCAUCAUGCACCGUGGCUAAGCAAUAUGCGCCAACAAAGAGCGAGGUCAGAGAAUCAUCAGUUCAGCCAUGUUGAUGGGAUUAAAGGGACAUCUUGGUAUGGGUAGGGCCGAACUUUUUUCAGCCUAGUUCGUGGAGCACACCCCCAACUUGGAGAGGCAUCAUGCGGUCUUGGAUUGGGAGUCGCCGCGGCAUGACACCAAACCUAUGACUUCGGUAUUCAGAAGAAGCUUACUUCUCGUGUAACCCCUCGGGCAUCGUUCCACUGGGGCGAGGGAGCUUCCUUUUUGAGCUUUGUCAGGUGGACCAAAGACUUGUAAGACUACAGAACCAAUGGUACACAACCCCAGGUUUUCCGCUACGCAAAUGUUAUGACACUCGAGGUAUACACAAAGCCCCACGAGAUGGAGGUGCAGAGUACCAUCUAAGGUGUGCAUUCAUUCCCGUCCCCGGCACCGUCAGGUCCCGUCACCGCUUCUGGGGUUGCAGUUGAUGAUGAUGGUUGUGGUCUACCCAGUUGCAUGUGCGCGGGAAAGAUAUGUAUCUUCGCUGGGGGCCAGGCCGGUGGCGAUUCACAGUAGCCAUCAGAGUCGCCCAGUUGCUGAGAGAUAGGCGUUUAUGCCAUUUGCUCGUGAGCACCUCCAGAUUGCCCAUGUUUAGGUUCAGCCUUUCAGCCACAACCAAGUUGCCACAUCCAUCCCGUCACCGCUGUCGCUUUGUCGCCAAGUUGGUUCAAGAUCGCAGAAUUGGCCCCGUAGAUCGACACAUGCAUUAGUGUAGUGAAUACGAAGUGUGUGUGGGCGCCUGCCGAGUCUCGAGUCUUUCCCCAACCUCUUGUUUGUUGCGCGCAAACAGCAUUUCCCGUUACAAUUUGUAAAUUUGUUUUUUUUUUGGGGCCCGUCGAAAAGGUCCCAAACCUGAUUCUUGUGCAUCCACGUUUUCGUGGUGGACCCCACCAUCAAGCCCAUUAACCAGCCCCUCCUUUGGUGGGUGGAUUGGUUUGAUGGUGAGAGCCACGUUUGGGAAGGCUUCGCAACUGGCACGGAUGCCGUUUCUCCAGGUAAAGUUUGUUCAGGAAUCUAAAGAAGGGCUAGAAAUAGCUGUGCUAUUCGAAACAAGUCAACAAACAACCUUAAACCCCCCCUGGCGAGUUGCCGGACACCAAGCUCGAUCUGGCGAGUUCGAGUGGAGAUCCCCCGUACAGCGCAUCGCAACCAUCCCAUCUCACCGUGCAGUAGUAGCACUUGCUUGCAUCGCGGCGCUAGACACAACAGACAACACAGGGCCCUAUUGUCAUCUCAUCACCACAUCCGCUGACAGCAGCAUUGCGGCGACACAAGGGGCAAAGAAGCAGCCAAGUUGAAUUCAGCCGCCCCAGGGUCGGGGUGCUGCAAGUGUGGGUAGUGCCUACCAACCACAUGCCCCCCAAAUACCGGGCAUACCCCAUUAUCCAAGAUCGGGGCAGGAGCAUAAGGCUCAUGAUGACCCCGCCGGUCCAGUAACGCAGCAAGAAUGAGAUGCAUGUGGACUGUGGACAGAUUGUUUCGCAUCGCGUGGUGUGCGUGGGAACCAAGCAAUCAACACCACCCUUCCCGAGCCGAGCCAGCAAGCAAGGACACAAGCGAGGACAAGCAUCUCAGGCAAGGUCGGUAUUUGGUUUUUAUGAACCCGUAUUCCCACUACCUUUCUUCUCGCGCUCCUUUUGUGGUUCCAAACGGUUUGUGUCCUCCCUUGUCCCUCCAACGACCCGGAUAUUUUAAUCGAGAUCGCACAACGGG